UUGAUCUGUGCGUCGCCGUCGGCUUCAGCGGACGUUGGUCGUUAGGGGGAAGGAAAUGGCAGCGUCCUCCUCCUCGUUGCUUUACUCUUCGUUGCUUUACUCUUCAUUGCCCAACCGUCGCGUCGAUUUCUUCUCCACAGCGCUCUCCCCAUUCCUCUCCUCCAAGGUCCGAUCUUCUCCGCCUUCUCUUCCUCGAAUUUCCCGCCCCAUCAAAGCCACUCGAUCGACCAUGGAACCCGGCCAAGCCGCCGAGGCUCGCCCGAGCCAGCCCGCGAUGAAGCUCUUGUUCGUGGAGAUGGGCGUGGGCUAUGACCAGCACGGGCAAGAUAUUACGGCGGCGGCAAUGAGGGCUUGUAGGGACGCCAUCUCUUCUAAUUCGAUCCCUGCGUUCCGGAAAGGCUCGAUACCUGGAGUCACAUCCGGGCAGAUGAAGCUGCAGAUAAAGCUCGGUGUCCCUCACUCUCUCCAACAGUUCCUUGAUGUAGGGCGAGUCAAAUCCAUUUUCCCAUAUGGAGAGAUUAUCAGUGUUGAAGUUGUGGACGGAGGAAUGAUCUGCUCAAGUGGGGUACUCGUCGAAGAAAUGGGAGACAAGAACGAGGACUGUUAUAUUGUGAAUGCUGCAGUUUAUGUUGGCUACUAAUGCUCAGUUUCCUCUGUUACCUUCUCAGAGCCUUUUCCUGAGGUUAGUUUCCAGUUUCCACCAUCUAGUCCCAUGUUUUGUCUCGUGGAAUCUUUUGAUACCCAACAACUCAAGGACCACUUUUCGAACUUUCAUUUGCCGCGUUACACCAACAGUAUGAAAGAAUCUUUGUAUGCAAGCUAUCGAGGAUAACUUUAUGUAUGACUUUUGUAGAAAGACAAUGCUUGCUCUAUUUCAGUCAAAUUAUGUUUCUGGUUUCUGGCGA